CGCACAUUCUCUUCUUAACCUACCUUUCUUUAAUUGCCAAUUCCUUUAAAUUUUUUCAAAUAUGUCCGUUAUUCCAACUUCUGCCCCAAAGACUCCUCAAUUGAUCCCUGUUGCCCUUAUCAGCUUGAAGCUUCAAGACCCAAUCAGCGUGUUGAAGAAUGACGCAUACUCACACGCAAUCAAUUUGGUCAACAUUAAAGAUGGUACUAUUUCCACUGUUCCAAAUGAUUUGGGCCUUGAACUUGAAGUCUCCGGUAUCCAAGGUAUUGAUCAUAUUACUGCCAACACUGAAGUUGGUGUCAACAGACUUGAUUGUAAGAUCUAUGGUAAGACUCCUGGUGGCAAUGGUGUAUACGUUCAUUACUACGGGUUGAUCAAGGCCACUCCAGAAAUCGGUGCUGUUCUUGGUAACAAGGCCAAAGUUGCUGACUUCGAUGAUGAAUAUAUCACCAGCACUCCUGUGAUUCUGUUUGCCGACUCCGUUGAAGACAAGUACAAGUGGGUUCUUAGAGAAAGCAUUAUUGGUAAGGGUAGAUUCAUUCGUGAUGACACUCAUUUGUAUGUUCAAUACUAUUUGUACGUAUUGAAAUGGUAGAUAUUUAGAUAGAUAUAGCCAAUAUUAAUAAGAGAUAACAAUGUAACAGAAAUCGCCUCCAUUCUCCACAGAUA